AUGAAAUCUACUUUUUCUUGGCUAACAUCUCAGCAAAAUGGUGCACAACAGUUCCAAAUACAUCCAAAUAGCCCAUCAUCGGCUACUGCAAACUUGAAAGUUGAAAAACCAACUCUGAAUUCAGUUAUAAUCCAAAAUAGCAAACAGCCAAUGCAAAACACAUCAACAACAUCAAUUAAUUUAUCUCCACAACGUGUAUCUCCAAAAAUAUCUCGUAUUGUUCGUAAUACAAAUCAACCAGAACUCCCAAAGCAAUAUUCUUUAGAAACAGUAGCAGAUAAGUUCGAAAACGAAGUUACUUUUAACGAAACCGAUAUCAAUUCACUAGGAAUUGAUUUAAAUUCCGAAGAUGCCCUACUUCCUAAUCUGAAAUCCAUUGUUUCGGAGCUUCCUUUAGGAAGUUUAUCAGCAUAUAAGAUACCAGAAUCAUUUAACUUUGAUUCUCCCAAGAGUUUGGAACCUUUCAAAAAAUUUGCCAGUACGGAAACGCUUCUCUUUAUAUUCUAUUCGCAGCCACGCACUAAAAAUCAGAUAGAUGCUGCAAAUGCGUUAUUAUCUAAAGGAUUUACCUUCGAUAAAUUUUGGAAAGACCAAGAUGGGAAAUAUUUCAAUCCAGAGCUAUGGAAAUUUUCUGACGCAGUUAAUUGA